UUCUUAUUUCGAUGCAGUAAACCCUCCAAUUUUACUAAUAAAGAACUUAGUAAAGAUGCUUAAUGGCAUACUUGCAUACACUCAGGAGAUACUUUCUUUGGCUUAAUCAGAUUGUAUGGCAAUGACUAGGUUGCUCUCGAAUCUUUUGAAAUUUUCAAAGAACUGAAAGAAUUCAGCUUCCAGCUUUGAACGAAAUUGCCAUGAAUAUAGAAAUUAUGGAAGCUUUGAAGCUCGAUUAUUGCUUCUGAGAUAAUGAAACAGUCAAUAAUCUGAUAUCAGCAAACUGAACUUACGGUUUACAAGUGUCCUCUUCCAAAGAUUCAUCAAGAGUUCCUUACUAUAACGAACUUGAUGAAACUAUAACUGCUUGCCAAGCAGUAGAGCCAAUGACAGCACCAUCAUGGUAGACCAUAGUUAAAAUAAUUAGGAAUCAUAAACAUUCAAAUUAUUCACAUCCUCAGCAAGCCCAGAUCUAUCAUCAACCAUUCUUCAUCCCUAACUAUACCACCAGUAAUAGCUCUCCCAAUUCAUUUAAAAUUCCAAAACCCAAAGUCAGAUUUGAUUGCUCUUAUCCUGGCUGUGGUAAACCCUUUAGAAGUCAAGAGGCCAGAGACAAACAUCAGAAGUACCACUACAAACUCAGAACUCACAUGUGUCAUAUUUGUGAUAAGAGUUAUACUCAGAAUGGGAACUUAAUCAAGCACAUGAAGACCCAUUCAGUCCCUGAUGUAGAGCAGAGAAGGACCCAUCAGUGUCAGUAUUGUGACAGAAAGUACACAGAGAAGUACAACCUGAAGGUGCACCAAAAGAAGCUUCACCCUGUAGAGUUCAUCCAGUUGUACGGAAGCCAGCCUAACUAAU